UUGAACGGAACUGCUUCUUUUCUUUACUCGAAACCUAAAUCUUAAUGUAAGUAGUAAGUACUGUAACUGAUUUCAUCGAGGUAAUUUCGAUUUCAGUGACCGACGCGAGUCAGAUUUCUUAUUGACAUUCCUCAGAGUAAUUAUUAUGGAUAGCGAAGCUGGCGAAGAGCUGGAAAGUGCAAGUUCUGCGAAGCAGAAAAUUUCAUCCGGUGUGGAUGUAUUGGAGAGCCAUGUUGGAAACAUCGAAAGAGAUCUCUACGCUGCUGCUGCCGAAUGUAUCGACGCAGUACUUGGUCGGCGGGCCUCUGUUAAAUCGGCGAUUUUCAACUCUCCCUUUCAGGAUAAGAGACUUCUGCUGGCGCUCACACAGAAAACCAUCGACCAUCUGCCGCAUGUCAAGAAGAUCGUUCAUGAUUCCCGUUUGUUGAAGCUCGAACCGCGCAUUACGAAGUCGAUGGCUUAUGUUGCUGCUUUUGAUAUUUUAUUUGGAAAUAUGAAAAAGAGGAAAGGCGUUGGCAGAUUGGUGGCAAAACACGAAAACGUCCUGAAGGACAUCUUGAAGGCAUACUUGAAGGAGAGAAAUAUUAACAGCAUCAAAGAGAUCAAAUCAACAAAGACUGCAAUGACGCUUUCUACACCGCGGUACGUGAGGGUAAAUACAUUGAAAACUACAACAGAGGAAGUUUGCAAGAGGCUACAAGAAGAAGGAUUUGAGCUGGAGGAAUACGAUGCUUCCAUAUCUCAGCAUACGUUUUUAAAAACCAUUAUCCGGAAAUUAAAGAAAACAGUAUUCUUCCGUGAUUACCACGUUCCUGACAUGCUGGUGUUCCAUCCUACCGUCAUAUUUCACGAUCAUCCUCUGGAGAAGGAAGGCAAGGUCAUUUUGCAAGACAAAGCCAGCUGUCUUGCCUCGUUGUUAUUAAAUCCACCUCCUGGAAGUACAGUCAUUGAUGCGUGCGCGGCUCCUGGAAUGAAAACUUCGCAUUUGGCUGCGUUGAUGAAAAACGAAGGAAAAAUUUUCGCGGUGGAUAUCCAAGAAGCUCGUUGCAAAAUAAUGAAGGAUUUGCUUAAACAUUACGGAGUGGAUUGCACCGAAGUUAUCAAUGACGACUUCCUGCAUAUUAACCCAGAAUCGGAAGACUAUUCCAAAGCAUCCCACAUCUUAGUUGAUCCCACCUGUACUGGGUCUGGAACAACUUCACGGAUCAAGCAAAAUAAGAAGAAGUUCCGUAAUACAAAAGAAGACCGGCAACGACUGCAAAAAUUAAAAGGUCUUCAGGCUACAUUGCUGAAACAUGCGCUAUCCUUUCCCAAUGUGCAGCGUGUCGUAUAUUCUACGUGUUCUAUUAAUCCGGAAGAGGACGAGGAGGUUGUCCAAGAGGCCCUGAAACCGUAUGCUGCUUCUUUUAUUCUGAGACCGUUUUCCCGAUAUCUACCCAAAUGGAGAGGUUGUGGAAAACCGAAAUAUGCUGUCGGGCCGAAUUGCCUGCGCGCGUUUACCGAGAAACACAAGACCAAUGGAUUUUUCGUUGCGGUUAUCGAGCGGAUCAAAAAUUGGAGAAGACGGGAGUAUGGAAGUGCCGGAGGCGGACGGUUCUGAUCAAACCUUACCAUUCAGUAAGCCUUCUUUUCAGUUAAAAAGAAAAGGAAACGAGCCCGAACAGAAGAAAAAGCGCCAUAAAAAGCGAUGGGAACAUUGGUCGGCUUCUGAUGCAAAUAAAGAAUGAUCAGUGACAGUUGCCAGUUUAUUGGUUUUGUUUUUAGAAUGGUUGAUUAUAUUCCGGUAUGUUGAGAACAGAAUAAAAAUUCAAACACA